UCCUCGUUUACAAUUUCGACGCUUCCCCCUGCUUGCGCUCACGUAGCAUCAAGCAUCCAUCCCUAUUCGCGACCACCGUCGUCAGACCCAAAGCACCACCACCGCCAUCGUCCCUUUUUCCUUGACAUGCCUAUCUCUUCGUUGCCAACCACAACGCCGCCGCUAGCCUCUUCAAUCACAGAUGCUCCCCGUCUUCCUCAUCGGCUACACUCCGCAUCUCUCCUACUCCCUCUGCUUCAGAUACACCACCGAGAUAUUAUCGACAUAUUGGGUAGGAUCAGACCGGAUGACGUCGGGCUUAGGGACGACUUCCGCUUCUCCCACGGGAUGAACACUGCCGGCCAUCGGAAUCCUCCCAUCAUUACAUGCAAAUCCAUCAUCCGGUGCAAAAAUUUUGAGAUCGCAGUGCUCUUCCUUCCCAAAGGAACAGUCAUGCCCCUCCACGACCACCCGGGCAUGACGGUGUUCAGCAAGCUCCUAAUCGGGUCGGCGCACGUCGAAGGCUACGACUGGAUCCGUCGUCCCCGCACCUUCUCCACCAUCUCAGGCUCCAGGAUACUCGCCGAGAAGGUGCUGGACCGCGACGUCACGCCGGAAUCCGGCGCCCGGGUGCUGUUCCCGGAUGCCGGCGGGAACAUGCACCGGUUCGUGGCCGGAGAGGAGAUGCACUGCGCGUUCCUCGACGUCCUCACGCCGCCAUACGCGCCUACGGAGCGGCGGCGUUGCACCUACCACAAGGACUUUCCCUGCAAUCUCUGUGCAUGUUGGCGGACAAGCGGGCUGACGGAGGCGCAGAGGCGCCCGGGAAAGCUGGCAUGGCUACAAGAGGUCGCCAAGCCUAGGGACUUACGGAUUAUCAGCUUGCAGUAUCGAAAACUGAUUAUCUUCUAGGCUCAUCAUCCUGUGCAGCAGAUUACUUGUUUGGUUUUUGGGUGGUGCAGAUGAUCGAUCCAAAUUGUGUAUGCCCUGAGUGAAAAAUGGUGACUAUGACAAUGUCACAAAGUAGACGUUUUAGUUGCGCUCACCAUGUCAGUGUAUCCUUUUUAUUUGGUAGCAUGCAUCACGUAUGUGUAACCAAACAUCUAUGUCAUGGAGCUAAUUAUAAGUACUUC